UUAUUGGAGUAUAUAUUCUUAACUUUAAUGAAUUACUAGUGGUAUUUAAAACCUCCAGCAAAAGCAGAUAUUUGGAUAUACACGAACAAUAUUUCAUAAUUUUAUCAUCGAGAGAGAAAAAGAGAGAAGAGAGAGAUGUCAGGGAUUGUUCAAGAUUGGGAACCCGUUGUUAUCCGCAAGAAAGCUCCCACCGCCGCCGCUCGUAAAGAUGAAAAAGCCGUCAACGCCGCUCGUCGUGCCGGCGCCGAGAUUGAAACCGUCAAGAAAGCAACUGCUGGGUCAAAUAAGGCUGCCUCCAGUGGUACAUCUCUGAACACCAGGAAGCUGGAUGAAGACACUGAAAACCUAGCUCAUGAAAAGGUACCGACUGAAUUGAAGAAAGCCAUUAUGCAUGCUCGGAACGAAAAGAAGCUCACCCAGGCUCAGCUUGCCCAGAUUAUAAAUGAAAAACCCCAAGUUAUUCAGGAGUAUGAAUCUGGAAAAGCUAUACCAAACCAGCAGAUAAUCAGUAAGCUGGAGAGGGCCCUUGGUGCAAAACUGCGAGGAAAGAAAUAAAUCAGACAAUAAGCUGGAAUGGAUUGCCUUUGUGGCAAUUCUAAGUCUUUGGAGGUCUUAAGAAGUGGUGGAAUUUACAAACUUAUGUUUUCCCCGAGUUUUUAAGUACUCUUGUGUCUGAUACCUUUGUCGAUAGGUAGUACUGACUAUGAACCUGGUUUUACUUGUGCGAAGUGAAUCUGGUUUUCACCUAUGAUAAAUUUGGAUAAUGUUUGUUGGAGAAUCUAUGGCACCUUAUGGUCUGUUUUAUAUGUUUUUUCUUUA